CGGGCGGCCUUUAUGGGUUGCCUCGGGGCCGGGCCGAGCCACCGCCUGCGCCGCUCGGGAAGAGGCGGGCCCGGUGCCCCGCACCCCGCAACCAGCCAUGGCCGCACGCGCGGCGCCGUGAGCCGCGGCUGGAGCGUGCCCGGCGCCCGGCAGCGCCGGGAGCCCCGGGCCAUGCGGCUGCUGCCGCCGCUAUGGCUCCUGCUGGCGUUGCUGAGCGGCCGCGGGGAGGCGGCGCCCCCGACAGACCCUCUUGCCCAGCUGCCAGCUCCUCAGAACCUGAAGAUUCGCCUCUACAACGCGCAGCAGGUUCUGAGCUGGGAUCCCGUCCCCCCGCCCGACGACACGGGGCCGGUGGUCUACCAGGUGCAGUACAAAUACACCAGCACCAAAGAGUGGAGUGACGUGGUGGACGAACGCAUCAACUGCUCGCGCGUGGUGGCGCCCCUGUGCAACUUCACGGCCGGCCAGGGCUUCGUGUACUCCUUCAACGUGUCGCUGCGCGUCUGCGCCCGCCAAGGCGCCCGGGCCUCCGCCUGGGUCUCUCCACCCUGGUUCCAGCACUACCGGAACGUUACCAUCGGGCCUCCAGAAAACCUGUCGGUGAAGCCUGGAGGAGGCUCCCUCAUCAUCUCCUUCUCGGACCCCUUCGAAAUAUCCAGCAGCGACAACCGUGUGUUUUUCCGCUAUUUUGUGUGCUACUGGGAGGACUGGGAGGAGGCCACGUGCAAGAAGAACGAAGACGCCUACAAGGAGACCCUCAUCCGGCUGACGGGCCUGCGACCCUGGCGCCGCUACUGCGUGCGCGUGCGCGCCCAGCUGUGGCAGGAGCAGGGGAGCCUCUCGGAGUUGGGCUCCUACAGCGACAUCGCCUGCAGCGAGACGGGCCGCGACGCCUCCACCGAACUGCAGCAGGCCAUCGGCAUCGCCGUGGGCGUCUUCCUGGCGCUGGCCAUCCCGGUGGGGGCCUGCCUCUUCCUCGUCCUGAGAUACAAGGACCUCAUCAAGGCCUGGUUCCACACGCCGCCCCGCAUCCCCUUACAGAUCGAAGAGUACCUCCGGGACCCGGCCCAGCCCUUCCUGGACACUCUGGACAAGGGCAGCGCUUCCACAGACAACACCUGGGAGCGCGUCUCCCUCGUCUCGUUUCCAAGCACCCGGUGAGGAGCUGAUUCGUCCCCCGCAGCACUUUGCACAGAAGCACCCGAGCUGGCCCGCGGGGCUGAGGCGCCUACCAACUUCCACCCGCCCACGCCCUCGGCGGGGGCUGACUACGGGCUGAGGGGGAGGGCGCCGCGCGCUCUCUUCCUCUUUCGAAACCGUCUGAAUCAGGCCCACGUCUAGAAUGCUUCUGCAGAGAGGAGGGGGCCGGAGAGACAGCGCCGCCGUUUAAGGCACCUGCAGUUGACCCCCCCACCCGCCCCCCAAAUCAAGGUCUCAAACACUAAAAGAUAGAGGUCUGUCGUUGUUGAGUGGACCCACAUCGGGGUUGAGCCACAGACGGGAGACUGGACUUCGGGGGCGAGCCUGGGACCCCCCCCUCAGGCAGGUCCGUCCUAGCCAGGAACUCUGGUCACCCCCAGGACUCUGGGUCUUCUGGAUCAACUUGAUCCUGAUCGGUAAAUAUUUUCUCAGUAAUUUAAGUUGCUUUAGUCAAACUAGAAAUAAAAGGUUGUUGACUUUUCUAAAGUCUUCUCUCUC